AUGAGAUCUGUUGAAAUAACUCCUAGUAAGGGUAACGAAGAUGGUCGAUGCGAUGGUUCCCUCAUUAGUUACCCGGAGACUCGCCAGAGUUAUAUAAUUCAUGGCGUUGUAGAGAAAGCAAACCUUUUCUGGCAAACGGUUUAUGAACAGCGAUGUCCGUUCAUUGUGAUGCUUUCCGUUAAUAGAUCCAUCCCAUACUUUCCACUCAACGAAGGUGAUACGAUCCUUUAUGAACUGUAUCAGGUUAAAUGCACUAAAAAGAUUGUGAAUGAGGAAUACAUUGUUCGUUCUUUUACGCUUGUAUGGAUUCAGGAAAGAAAGAAGCCUCACACACUUACCCAUAUUCUAUGUAAAUCAUGGGGAUCCCAAGCUCCAACCCUUGAGCGCUUCGAAGAAUUUUUUGAUUAUUGGAACAAGUGCAAAACUUCUAACACUGAUAUGCGGAAUGCAAACAAAAUGUACACACGCGAUUGUGCAGUUUCUUCUCCUGUUAUUCAAAGUAACGCCGGAAUGGGACGUGUUGGUUGUUUCCUCAUCAUCGAUGUCAUCUCUGAUCUGCUGAGAAAUAAUAUCAGACACCACUACAACAUUGAGAAAAUGAUGGUGGAAUUGAAAACUGAACUCCCUCAAGGUAUUUCCAAUUUGAAUGAAUACAAGUUUGUUGGUGACCAAGUUGUUUGGGAAAUUGAGAAGUUGAGUGGAGAUAGCUAUGUAAGGCCGCAAGUCACCAAUACUUUGGGAACCCGGAAAUUCGGUACCAGAAAUGUGGAGCGGAUGGUUUGUUCGAAUAAUGGAAUGUCAAACUUCGAAGCAAUACGUCAGCAUAGAUACCUCAAAAUGGGUGUGGAAGUCACGAAGAAUGUGGUUAAUGUAACUAGAAAUUUCAUUUCCGAAUCUCUACGAAAAAAAGAAGAACUUCCCCCAAGACCAUCAUUUGCCACUAAAGUUUGGAGAAUUUUAACUCGUUUCUGUAAUUACUUCCGGAAAAAUGAAUGGAGCGAGUGGGAUACCUCUGACACUGCCAUGCUCAUUGACUAUGACUCUGAUGUUGAGUAA